CUUCGUGCUUGGUUGUGUACCGUUCACCAUUUCUACUUAAUUGUAUCUUAUUUGUGUUUUUUAUCUAAUGUUAAAAUAGUGUCUGUGUACAUCCAAAAUGCCUGUGUUCCACACGAAGAUCAUCGAGAGUAUACUGGAACCGGUCGCGCAACAGGUCUCGCGGCUGGUUAUCCUGCACGAAGAGGCCGAAGAUGGCAACGCUAUGCCGGACCUGGCGCGGCCCGUGCAGGCCGUGUCGCUCGCCGUCAAUAAUCUUGUCAAGGUGGGCCAUGAGACCAUCGAGUCCUCAGACGACUCUAUCCUCAGACACGAUAUGCCCGGAGCCCUACGAAGAGUGGAAGGCGCUGCCACACUACUACAACAAGCUUCUGAUAUGCUACGAGCUGAUCCUUACUCCGGGCCUGCCAGGAAAAAGCUGAUAGAAGGUUCGAGAGGCAUCCUCCAGGGCACGUCGGCUCUUCUCCUCUGCUUCGAUGAGUCUGAAGUCAGGAAAAUCGUCAAGGAAUGCAAAAAGGUGCUAGAUUACCUUGGCGUGGCAGAAGUGAUAGAUACUAUGGAAGACUUGGUGCAGUUCCUGAGAGACAUAUCGCCGGCGCUGUCGAGGGCCGCUAGAGAGGUAGCGGCCCGCGCAGCGGAAUUAACCCACCCUCCUCACGCGGAAACCUUGGCGCGGUGUCUUGAGAGCGUCAAGCAACUGGCUCCCGUGCUGAUCUGCUCUAUGAAGAUAUACAUACAUAUUCUUACCGAAGGUGGCAAAGGUAUUGAAGAGGCGGCGGAGAAUAGAAACUACCUUGCCCAAAGGAUGGCUGACGAAAUUCAUGAAAUCAUCAGAGUACUGCAGCUGACGUCGUACGUGGAGGACGGGGGAGAGAAGGACAACAUUGCCGUCCUGAAGGCUCUGCAGGCGCAGAUACAUGGCAAGAUGGCUAACGCGCACGAAUUCCUCAAUGAUCCUGACGCCUUACGCAACAGCAGCGGCGAAAGGGCUCUCCGCUCGGUGCUUACUUCAGCGCAACGCGCCGCCGAACAUCUGGGACCUACCCACGCUGAUGCCAUUCGCAGACUCGUAAGGUCUGGCGGGAUAAAUGGCGAUCAACUGUGCGAUGAAAGACAAUACGGCCAUGGAAGAGAAGCCAAGGCACUAAACCUAGCCUCUGACCUUCGCAACCAAAUCAACGAAGUGGACUCCAUAGUGAACGAAGGAGUCCGCGCCGCGGAGCAAGCCGGGGGGAAAACCAUGCGAGCAAGAAUGGAGACCGCUCAUAAAUGGCUUCUGCAUCCUAACGCCGACCCCCACACGAGGGUCGAGGGCCAGAAGGCGAUUAACAGUAUCGUUUCUCAGGGUCAGAGGAUCGCGGAUGGCCUUCAAGGGCGAGAGAAAGCUGAAAUCCUUCAACUGUGUUCGGACGUGCAACGUUUAUCCGACAAGUUGGCCGACUUGUGCGCCAGCGGACGUGGAGACUCCGAAGAAGCGCGAGCGAUCACCAGGGAGUUGACAGAGAAGCUGCACGCACUGCAGCGUGCCAUGGAUCGCGCUUGCGUUAACCGCGUGGUUGAAGACUUCAUCGAUGUCGCCGCUCCGCUGCGCCACUUUACUGAAGCCGUCAACGCACCUGAAGGUACCCCCGGCCGUGAAGCCAACUUCCACGACAAGGCAGCUGCCCUACAGGCGUUCAGCCAACGAGCUGCCGCCACUGCCAAUAUGGUUGCGGCUAACUCGCACCAUAACAAGAGGCUUGCUGAUCAGCUCACGCACCAUGCUAGAGAGGUUGAAAAACUGUCUCCCCAACUCGUGGCAGCCGGCAAGAUCAGGCUCAACUAUCCCGAAAGCAAGGUGGCAGAGGAGCAUUUCAACAAUCUGAAAAACCAGUAUGCCGACGCGGUUCUGCGCGUGCGUGACUUGUGCGACCAGGCCGUCGACCCGCUUGACUUCGUACGCACCGCCGGCGAGCUGAUGCAGAAACACACGUAUCUGUGCGAGGACGCCAUCCGCAACAACGAUUCGCAGAAGAUGGUGGACAACACCUCCGCUAUCGCCAGGUUAGCAAACCGCGUUCUCCUGGUCGGCGGCGCCGAGCGCGAAAACACUGAAGACGCCGAAUUCGCUCGCGCCUUAAACAGCGCACAUCAACGCUUGCAAGCGGCCAUCGCCCCGGCCGUGCACCGCGCUAAGGCUGUGGCUUUGGGAGAUUCUUCACAAGCGCCCGCGUGGCGGCAGGCUAACUCUGAGAUCAUCAACGCAGCUUCCGCCGUGGAAUCCGCUCUAUCCCGCCACUACGCGCCGCCGCCGCCGCCGCCGGCGCUGCCCGAGGCGCUGUCGGCGCUGCGCGUGUCCAAGCAACAAGCGCCCCCGCGCCCGCCCCCGCCCGCCGGCGGCGCGCCGCCCCCGCGCCCGCCGCCGCCCGACACCGACGACGAGGGCGAGGACAUAUUCAGCAGGCAGCCGCAUCCCAGCCAACCUAUUCUGGUGGCAGCGCACAACCUCCACAAGGCCGUGCGCGAGUGGUCGUCCAAAGACAACGAGAUCAUCGCCGCCGCCAAACGCAUGGCUAUCCUCAUGGCGCGCCUGUCCGAACUCGUACGCUCCGAUUCUAAGGGUAGCAAGCGCGAGCUGAUCGCAACGGCGAAGGCGAUCGCCGAAGCUUCUGAAGAGGUCACGAGGCUCGCCAAGAAACUUGCGCUGGAGUGCACCGACAAGAGAAUUAGGACCAACCUGCUGCAAGUGUGCGAGCGCAUCCCCACUAUCGGCACUCAGCUGAAGAUCCUCUCAACUGUCAAGGCUACCAUGUUGGGAGCCCAAGGGAGCGAGGAAGACCAGGAAGCGACGGAGAUGCUGGUCGGAAACGCACAAAAUCUGAUGCAGAGUGUGAAAGAGACAGUAAAGGCGGCUGAAGGCGCCUCAAUCAAGAUUAGAACCGAGCAGGGUGGCUACAGGCUUCGCUGGGUGCGCCGCUCGCCAUGGUACCAGAUCUAAAUGUAUGCGAGAAGUAAAUGCGAUAUAUAUCUUUUGCCACUGCAUAAAAAUGUACUUCUAUGCAGCCAGAUCUGUAAAACCACAGACUAGAAUAGAAACAUAGGUACUCUAUCGAGAUUAGAACCGAGCAGGAAGUUACAGGCUUCGCUGGGUGCGUCAUUCACCAAUGUACAGUCAAGUGUAAAAAUAUGAGUCUACACACCUUAUUCAAACAUAUGUCCCAUAGUUCCUAAGUCGCUGAUAUAAGACCUAUGGGACAUAUUUUAGAGAUGGUUUUUGCAUCCAUAUUGUUACACUCAACCGUACCAGAUCUAAACGUACAAUUAACGCAAUGGUACCAGAUCUUAAUAUCUACCAAGAAAUAAUGUAAUAAGUGAACUGAUACCUUUCUAUACAGCAUUAAGGCGAAGGAAAGGGGUACUUAAGUUGUGUACAAACAGCAAGCUAACUGUACAUAGGUAGAUCUUAUUACAAAAGGCAUAAGGUCCACCGAUGUACAGUUAACAGUGUGGGCGUUGGUACUAGAUCUAAAUCUGCAUAAUCAACGUAAUGAAUGAAAACAUUUAUUUUCAGGCAACUAUUGGCCCAUAGAUCCCUCAUUACCCUAUUACCGUAUUAGGUCUUAUUGACCUUAAAACUAGCAUAGAUAUUAUUACAAAAUAUAUCUUAACCUCGUGCCGCCCACCAUACAAAAUUAUAGCCAAGGAAGUUAGAAUCUUAUUGUAUUUUCAAUUAGGUUUAAUUUCAUUUGUACGAAUAAUUUUGGAGACAAAUGAAAUUCUACCUACUUUGUUUUUAAUUAAGGUUCACAUUCCAUCGAAACGAAGUGUACAUCCUAAUGUACAUUGGGCGGCACGAGGUUAUAACUAAAAACACAAUUAUGGCUGCGAUGCAGUUCGCAACCCCGCAGUGUCAGGGAUCCGGCCGCGGAACCGCCGGAACUUGGCACCCUUCGGCCAAAACUCCUCCUUGGUGAAGGUCGCUAGAUGUUGUAAUGAUUGCAUGGUAUCAGAUCUAUCAUCAGAUCUAAACCUUCCGAAUCAACGAUAUGCAUAAUACCUAGUGCUAAAUUUCCACAAUCAAUGCAAUACAAGUAUGUGAAUAUAAUCAACCAACACAGCAUAAAAAUGUGUUAUUUAAUUUUACUUAUAUUUUACUGGUUCUGUACCCCAGAUUUCUUAUAAGCAUUCAUAUUGAACUCUAUCGUCUUAGUUUUAAAGUUCAAAAUGUAUCUGGAAAGCUGCAUGAGAUCGCAUAAUAUUUAUAAUACUUAUAAUUUAUACCUUAGGUUGUUAUACAAAAGUGAACCUUAAUGUAACAGAAUUAUACCCAUUUUUAUAAAGCAACAUGUCUGCUACAUUUUAGUUUAUUUUUGUACGUUCGAUCAUGCAAUUAAUAAUAUUUUAGUAACACUUUCAUAAGUUAUGAAACGAAUCAUAAACAUUUUUUACAUUUGUGUUCGUUCACCGUCAAGUAAAAAGAUAAAUUAAACUGUAUGUGUAUUCUACAAGGAUGAAAAUCGCUUGGCGGCUGGCAUUUUUUUUUUACAACGAAUUAUUUUUUGAACAAAGUGUGAUGAGGAAAGUAAGUGCCAUGUGCUAGUGCUUUAUAAUAUAAUAUAGGUGUAGAAAUUGAUGCUAAUAAAAUGUUUUCGAACACUAUUAGUAUUAUUAUGGUUGUGAAGUGAAAACUUCUUUAGCGGCGCUGUGCACUUUUUGUGAUGGCGGAAAAAUGUUAAACUCGCGACAGCGUAAGACGCUUCGUAAGACGGACACGUGACCUGAUCGAAAAACUGUUACAAUGUCAUUGAGUCUUCACUUCUGCCGGCACUCCCGGAGUGCAACCCGUUGUUUUUUUCUUGUCAUAUACUGCUUUUAAAUGAACUUUUACAGUACAAAUGGUGCUACUUUACUGCCCUAGGGCGGUCAUUAGCACAUUACGUGCCUAUGUCAAAAAUUCAAAUGGCCACAUGUAGUGUAAAAAAUGAUGUACGACACACGUGCGAAUAGGUAAUUUCCUACUUUUCGUACUUGAAUCGUAAUGCACUAUUACGGCAUAAUUUGGCAGCUAGUAAGUUUUUUCUACUAAUGGUGUUCGAAAACCGUAUGUUAAUUCAUAUCAUGUAUUUUUGUAUACUAGAAUUAAUUAUAUAAUAUUACAUUUACAAGAAUCUGAUAUAUUCGUGCUAUUUCGUAAUAUAAAGUUAUGCGUAACACACAGUCGCCAUCAGAUAUAUCGGAGCAGCCAAGGUGUUCACAAAUAUCUGAACACGCCUCUAUUGUCAAGGCAUUAGAAUGCGCGUUCAGAUAUUGUGAACACCUUGGCCGCUCCGAUAUAUCUGAUGGCGACUGUACUAUGCAAUGUAUAAUUAUACUUCGUGUCAAAUAUUUGUAUAUAAAAAGGUUAUUAACUCUUGCUAUAGGGUCAAUGGCCUUUUUAUGACUACAUAAUGGUUGGUAUACUAAGUAGCAGGCCUUUAAAUAUCCACCCUAUGCCUUUAAAUAUAAGGUUGAAUUUUAGGCGCUUUAGUUACAAUUAAGAAUGGAUGUAGUUAGUAAGGGAGUUAUGGUGCGAUUCAUUUUGUAUUAGACAAGAACAAUUAGUAACAGUUUUUAUUUAUGAAUUUAGGUUUAUUUUCUUGUCUUCCCAAUAAGUUGAUGUCGUAUGAGUCAAGUUGUCAAUAUAUAUAUUAUUUUACAGCCAAAAUAUUGCUGAUAGUUUAAACCCCUUUGUAUGUAGGUAUUUGUGUACUGUGCAAUGUUGCAAGUUAAAAUGUCCUUCUUGGCCGUUAUGAUUUCAUGUGUGUCCUAAAAAAAGGACAUUGGGCCUUACUACUACUGUAUGUACGGUCUUACGGCGUUAAAUGAAAUGAAAUGAAAAUAAAUUUAUUAUUCAUAACAUGCAGUUCACAUUCGUUAUUCAUAAACUCCUGUCAAGUCUAACAAGCAAUUGAUAAACGUUUGUCCGUAUCUGUCAUUUAGAUAUUUCUGUUUUAAAUGGUAAUAAAAUUAAACAUAAGUUUGCUUAAUUUUUGAAUAAGGGGUUUAGUUGUGACGUUUCACAGUAUUAGAAAAUAAACAGUAUGUCUUCCGGUUGUGAUGUCCCAUAUAUAGUAUAUAAUGUACUGUUGUACUCGUAUUUAUCAGACAGGCGUAGCCUCGCCUUAUGAUUCGCCUUGAGAGAUUGUCUUGUACAAAAUGAAAUAAUGUAUAUUUUUGUAUGAUCGUGUGAUUGGUAUACUAAUGAGAAUAGGUAUGGGUUUGUAUAUAUUCUGUCUUUGCAAGCGAAAUUAUUAGGUUUUUAUGAGUGUCCUAUUAAAAGGACAUAAUGAUUCUUUUUAACAGUAAAUAUGGAGUUAAUUUGUUUUUGAAUAAUUGACCGUAUCCAUCAGUUUGAACUGUUUUUGUCCUAAAAAUAGGACAUUUCGGUCUUGCCAGGCCUUGUGUCAUAGUUUAUCUUUGGUAUCCUUGAGCACUGAUGAGUGCAUCCCUACAUCUUUACUUUCAAGUCACUUAGCGCCACUUGCACCAUCCCGCUAACCCGGGGUUAACCGGUUAAACCUAGAAUUACCAUGGUUACCAGUACAAUUUCACACUGAGUUAACGGUUUAACUGGUUAACCUCGGGUUAGUGGAAUGGUGCAAAUGGGUCUUAGUAUUGACACGUUUGGACAGCCAACAUUUUAGAGUAGCAUACGAAAGGUUAACCUUACUUGCCAGGAAUGUACAAUCAGCUGCAGAGAUAGUUGACCCCCCUGCAAACAAAUGCAGGGGGGUUAGUUAUCUCUGCGGCUGACUGUACUAUACUUUUUAUAGUAUUUUUUUGUAGUCUUGCACACCUUACCUUGACUCUUAUAAUAUAACCUUUUCACCAGUAAAUAAUGGAGUAAAAAAGGUUAAGUACAUUAUACAUAGUACAUAGUAAAUAGAUUUAAGAGUAUUUAAUAUAGAAGAUUUAUUUAACUUAAUGUAGGAAAUGUGCUAAAUUGUCACUAAAUUUUAAUAAUAGCGUGAUUUAUUAAUAUUUUAUAACUUUUUGUUGCCUUAUUGAUUAUUAUUUAUUCUAAUAAAGGAUUAUUUUUA